CUGAAAGUAUGAUCCUCCAUAUGCAGGAAGAAGCAAUAAAUCCACAUUGAUAAUCACUGCCAUUGCAGUUCCCGUUGGCGUACUUGUAGUGUUUCUCUCUCUUGCUUCUUGUUUCGUUCGGAGGAAAGGGACCCCGACCCAUGAGCUCGUCCAAGAAGAAGCCGGCAUGAAUAAAAUUACGAACGAGGAACCCUCACAAUAUGAUUUAGCUACGAUACAAGCUGCUACAAACAAUUUCUCUGGUCAAAACAAGUUGGGUGAAGGUGGAUUCGGUGAAGUUUUUCAGGGGAGGCUUCCUAAUGGGCAAGAUAUAGCAGUGAAGAGGUUAUCUCGGAGCUCAAGACAAGGUGCUGAAGAAUUUAAGAAUGAAAUUACGUUGGUAGCAAAGCUUCAACAUCGAAACCUCGUGCGGCUACUCGGAUACUGUUUGGAGGGAGAAGAAAAGCUACUUGUUUUUGAAUUUCUGCCUCACAAAAGUCUAGAUUACUUUUUGUACGAUACUAAGAAAAAUAUGCAAUUGGAUUGGUUAAAGCGUUAUAGGAUAGCAUGUGGAAUAGCUCGAGGAAUGCACUAUCUACAUGAAGAUUCCCGACUUCGGAUUAUUCAUCGUGACCUGAAAGCAAGCAAUAUCUUGUUAGACAAUGACUGGAACCCGAAGAUUUCAGAUUUUGGCAUGGCUAGGAUCUUUGGAGUUGAUCAAACUCAUGCAAGCACUAAUAAAAUCGCAGGGACUCUGGGUUAUAUGCCUCCGGAGUAUGUAAGGAGUGGGAAAUUCUCUGUUAAAUCUGAUGUCUAUAGUUUCGGCAUCCUACUUCUAGAGAUCAUUGCUGGAAAGAAGAAUGAUCAUUUUUGCCAAUCAGAUGGGGGCAAAGAUCUGGCUAGCUAUGUAAGUUGCCUAUACUAUUGUCACUAACUAGAUUAUCGAUGCAAAUGUCAUACUGCACUCUUUGAUAUUUCGACUGAGUCAAGCCGAACUUUGGUACAGGAAGUACAUGUACACUUUGCCCCCUCCAAACUAACAUGACUUCAGCAUUGCGAAUAUGGUUAACAUAACUCGUGUAAUACUAAUUAUAUCCUCCAUUGAAUUAAUGCUACAAUUUACCAAUGGUGUUUUCUUUCCAAUGGAUUGUAAACAGGCAUGGGGAAACUGGAGAGACGGGACACCAUUGGAAAUUCUGGAUCCGGCCAUCCUAGACUUGCAUUCAAGAGAUGAAGUACUGAGGUGCCUGCACAUCAGCUUACUUUGUGUUCAGGAAGAUAUGGUUGAUAGACCCACCAUGGCGACAGUGCUUCACAUGCUCAGCAGCCAGCCCGUCACUAUGCCGCAACCUCAACGUCCGGCCUUCUUCCCUCAAAGCACAGAUCAAUCCAUUAGUAGAUCAACACGGCAAUCGGUCAAUGGAGUGACAAUUACGGAAUCAUACCCCCGAUGAUACAAAUAAUUGUUUUAUGUGAUAGCUUUGCAGGCCUUGAUAUAAUUGGCCUUCCGUGGAUACCAUUAGUGAACAAUGAGCAACGUCUGUUUACUGGA